UUUGUGAGUCGGUCGGGUUACUGGGCCCCGAGGCCGCCCGGCUGGGGCGGCGGGCUCACCUAUGGGCCAGUCGAGAAGCAAACCCAGAGAGAAGAAAGUUGAAGAGGAGAAGAGCACUACCACUUUAGUUACAAAGACUAAGGAGAAAGUAAUGGAGAAGGAGGCCAAGCAGCCUGACAAAGAGUCUCAGCCUGCCGAAAGCCUGUUCGGGACAGGGACAUCCAAGCACUCAAGGCCUUCGUCUUCCUCUGAAGGGCCGGAGAUGGCGACCACGUGUCUACUGCACAGCAUAGCACCAGCAUCAAGGACUCUGUGCUCCAGUGUGCCACUUCAACAUCAGGGACGUCUUCCUGCACAGUGCCCAGGGAUCUGGAAGGCUGCAGCGUCACAGGCACACAAGACCAUGCUGACUCUUAAGAGAUCUGGGGCCUCGCUUGCUAUUGGCAAGGAAAUCUUUGUGAGGUAGGCUUCAUCUGCCCAACCUCUCUAAGAUGGGUUCAGCUCUACAUGUGUGUGAUGUGCCGGAGGAGCCAUAAGGUAUCAAAGUAGACAAGGCCUUUGCCAGCAAGAAGCUACCCAUUUGAAGGCCACCUGUGACACCUGUCACACAGUGUCAUGUUGGGAGGAAAAGCAGGUGGACAUGAAGAGAAACCAAGUGAGUCUGGUGUCAAGAAAAGUGGCGGGGCAGGCUCGACCAUCACAGGAACAAAGCCACUGACACAUGCGACCCUGGAGGGGGCCUCAAAGCAUGAUGUGAGAUGAAGUCAGGUGUGAAUGUCCAUAGACAGCAUGACUUUCUAUGAAAGCCUUGAACUCACGGUCCUUUGGCUGCAGCAUCCAGCAGUGUAUGAGCUGUCAUGCCCAUUUGGAAAUGAUUCUAAAAGUGAACAGGUUGGGCAUGGAGUUAUAGUGCCAGCUACUCAGGAGACUGAAGCAGGAGGAUCAUGUGAGCCAACCUGGGCAACAUUGUGAGACCCUGUGUUUUCAAAGCCCUGGGGAGAGUGCCUACCAUACAAGAAGCACAAAGGUGUGGGUUCCUUCACCAGUACCCCAUAAAGCAGGCAUGGUAGCACAUGCCUGGAAUCUUAACACUUGAGACAGGAGAAGCAUGAAUUCAGGGGAAGCUGUCUUUACAUGAAGUGUUCAGGUCCAGCCUGGGCUACGUGAUACCUGGAGAGUUGACUCAGCAGUU